GAGAGAGAGAGAGAGCGCUGAGCGCUGAACUUGAGAGACGGAGCAGAGCUGAGCGCUGAACUUGAGACCGUGUCUCGGUCACGUCUCAAGUGCCUCUCACUUUUGUCAAUUUUACUAUCGACCGCUAAACAGUUUAUUUUGAUUUACCGCCUUCGGAUUACACUGAAGAUAAAAAAGUAUCCCGAAUUUCUCUCCGAGUUACGUGCGAGACUGCGCAAUAGAGCAACGUUGAACUGAAUUCAACAUGUCAAUUUUACCGUUCACUCCGCCGAUCGUGAAGAGAUUGCUGGGCUGGAAGAAGGGAGAGCAGAACGGACAGGAGGAGAAAUGGUGCGAAAAAGCCGUCAAGAGUCUGGUGAAGAAGCUGAAGAAGACGGGACAGCUGGACGAGCUCGAGAAAGCCAUCACAACUCAGAAUAUCAACACCAAGUGUAUCACCAUACCACGAUCACUAGAUGGUCGGUUGCAAGUAUCUCACAGAAAAGGACUCCCUCAUGUGAUCUACUGUCGUCUUUGGCGCUGGCCUGACCUGCAGUCUCAUCAUGAGCUCAGAGCCAUUGAACUCUGUGAGUUUGCCUUUCACAUGAAAAAGGACGAGGUCUGCGUCAAUCCCUACCACUACCAGCGGGUCGAGACACCAGUUCUUCCUCCAGUGCUGGUGCCUCGUCACACUGAAAUCCCUAGUGAGUUUCCUCCUCUGGAUGACUACAGUCACUCCAUCCCAGAAAACACCAUUUUCCCCGCUGGCAUCGAACCCCAGAGCAACUACAUACCAGAAACACCCCCUCCAGGCUACAUCAGUGAGGAUGGAGAGACAAGCGAUCAUCAGAUGAACCGCAGUAUGGACACAGGGUCUCCAAAUCUGUCACCGAACUCUGUUUCUCCUGCCCACAACAAUUUAGAUCUACAGCCGGUGACAUACUGUGAACCAGCGUUCUGGUGCUCUAUCUCCUACUAUGAGCUGAACCAGAGAGUCGGUGAAACUUUCCAUGCCUCCCAGCCCUCUUUAACAGUAGACGGCUUCACAGACCCGUCCAACUCUGAACGCUUCUGCCUGGGCCUGCUGUCCAACGUGAAUCGCAACGCUGCUGUGGAGCUCACGCGCAGACACAUUGGCCGGGGUGUGCGUUUGUACUACAUUGGAGGUGAAGUGUUUGCAGAGUGUCUAAGUGACAGCGCCAUUUUUGUUCAGAGUCCCAACUGUAACCAACGUUACGGCUGGCACCCCGCCACUGUUUGCAAGAUCCCACCUGGCUGUAAUCUGAAGAUCUUUAAUAACCAGGAGUUUGCAGCUCUGUUGGCCCAGUCUGUGAAUCAGGGCUUUGAGGCCGUGUACCAGCUCACCCGCAUGUGCACCAUUCGCAUGAGCUUCGUGAAGGGCUGGGGAGCCGAGUACAGGCGGCAGACAGUGACUAGCACCCCCUGCUGGAUAGAACUGCACCUGAACGGUCCUCUUCAGUGGCUGGACAAAGUGCUCACUCAGAUGGGCUCCCCCUCCAUCCGCUGCUCUAGUGUGUCAUAGGAAAAACACUCCCUACACAAACACAACAUAUACAAACCACAAGAUCUGGGGGGAAAAAGUUCCUUCAGCAGUCAAAGGCUGAAGACCUUCAUACCCACCUGCCAAUUGGGUUCCACAGACUCGGUAGCACUUUCACACGUGUCUCAUGUUGGAGGAGUGUAUUACAGUAUAUGUAUAUAUUCGUUUUUUUUAUGUUGUUGUUAGCCAUUUUUAAUGCCAUUAUUGAUAUAAAAUAUUGCCAUUUAUAUGUUGUUAUAUAGCAUGUAUAUGUAAGAUCUCUCCUAUGUCGUGUCUUUUAUGAUGCUGUGUUAGGUACAUGUUUACUAUAACAGGUAUAUAAGAGGCUUGAUAAUUUUAUAGAGACAUGACAUUUUUUUUUUGUAAAGUGAAAAUAUGAAGUUUUCGUUUCAAGUUUCCCCCGAACAUUGAAUUUCCAUAUCCUGUUUUGCCCUAGCCAGUGAAAUGUGCUUUAUAGCACAUACAUUAGCAAUUCACCUUUUUAAAAUUCACUACACAGAAUUCUAUAUAAGAAACUUAGAAACAUAACAGUUUAUGUAACACUUGUGAAAGUGUUCUCUAUGCUUCACAAUAUCUCUGUUAUGUUUGUUGAAAUAAUAGGGGAUUUUGUCAUUGCACAGAUGCUGAGAGCCUAAUACUCUUUCUACAGUAGUUUUCCAGUUGUAGUGUUUUUCAUCUCUCAUCAAUCUAUGCAUGUGAGGAUGUUAUAACUGUGCCAGUGAGUGUUUUGUAAUAUCUGGUCUAGUGUUGAUUUCAGCUUUGUCUGCAGUGAACCGGCCGUCUGUUCUGUGUGAAUGAAUGCGAAUUAUUGAGUUUUAUAGGAUUCGUUGCUCUUAUAACUCCAUGUAUUGUGUUGCGGUUUCAUUGUUAUUCGCUCAGUGUCUUUAUUGAGUGGGUGAGGAGCUCUGCUUUGGAGAACAAGUUUCUCUUUUGAAAACUGGGCAUUUCAUAUCUCACAGUAUCGGUGGUGCAUACUGUAUGUACACAUACUUGCGGGUCUUCACGUCCUCCAGAAAUGAAACUGAGUGAGUGUGCCUUCACAUCAACUUUCAUAACAGAGUUUGUAAAUAGUAUAUUGGAGACUUCUACACAGGUGUUCAUGCGUAUUGUUGAGUAAGUGGGUUGUCCAGUGUUUGACCACUCAGAGUUGUGAUCUUUCUCAGCCGAACUUGUAAAUAUGUCUAAUAAAUUGAUUAUGCAUGCCUACCUCUGUGUUUCUACCUGUUUGAAAGGUGGGGCUGUACUGCUGGCAGGUUUUUGUAAGGUUAGCCCUGUAUUUUUAUACGUCAGAUGCUCGUAGGAUAUGGAGAAGGGCUUGAAGAAGGGAAAUGUCAAAAUAGGCUUUGCUAAAGCCAGAUCAUGUACAGUACUUUCAGUUAGCCGCAAGGUCAGUGUGACCUGCUUGCAAUGAGAAGCCAGCUCUUGAUCUCCCAAUGUGUUGUAAAGGAAUCGUGGAGGAAAGUAGCAUGUAGGUGCAUCAUAUACUUCACAGUCAGUAGAAAAGAUGUGUGACAUCUUUGUGCAUAAAUGUUCAUAAUUACUACUGGUGAUUUAGAUGCUCUAAGACUUUACUUUGAUAAAGUCAGAGUGUUAUUGUGUUGACUAGGAUUCCUUGAAAUGUAUUUAAAAACCUCUUGAUGUCAUCCAGCAAAGACAAAAUUGAAGGUACUGAAAUUAUUCAGGAAAUGAUUUAUUGUCCAUCUAAGCAAACGAUAAGUGUUUUCUUCGAGAGGAAGAAAAAAAAAAUCAGAUCUCAUUUUCACAACAAAUUGUUGGAUAUAUUUUAAGUAAUGUGCAUUAAUUGUGCUCGUGUUCAACUUUCACAUUCAGUGAUGCUGUGGCUUAGUGGUGAUUGUUGUGCUUGACAUUGUUAGAUUUCUUUAUUGUAUAAGUAUAUCAUCUUUAUUAUUUCUUUCCAUCUCUAAAGCUUAAGAGAAAAAACGAAUUGUUAUUGUAUACUUUAAUAAAUAUGUAAAUGAAAAAUG